GCUAGAGCUGCAAGCCAAAGACAUCACACAAAAAAAUGAAAAAUACCCUAUACUACCCCAAGCUAAGCAAAACAUGUCUAUAUAAAGAGAACCCUUAGCAUAAUUCAAAGCAAAUCAUAUAUCCUCUGAACCUUAUUUCCCAAAAAAACCAAAGAAGAGAAAAAGAAAAUAAAAGAAUGUUGAAGCCUCAGCUUCAUCAAACAUCACAAUCUACAAAAACCCUAAUCCCAUGGAAUACUACUAAACCAUUCAUUUCAGGAGAAAUCUUAGCCUCUUUUCCCAUCAAUAUUUUAAAUAAAAACCUUAGACAAAAACCGAAGAAGAAUUUUAGGGUUCAUUAUGCUGCAAAUAGCACAAAAGCUGUGCUUAGUUCUACUGAGAAAUCUACUAGUGCAAAAGCAGUGGUAACUGUCCAAAAAACAGUUGGAGGCACUAACUUAGCUUUAACAAGGGGACUUGAUGAUAUUGGUGAUUUGCUUGGUAAAACACUCCUUUUGGGGAUUGUUGCUGCUGAGCUUGAUCCUAAGACUGGAAUAAAGAAACCAAGCAUUAAGACGUUUGCACGUCGUGGACGAGAUGUGGAUGGUGACACACAUUAUGAGGCUGAUUUUGUUAUUCCUGAAGACUUUGGGGAGGUUGGAGCAAUUUUAGUAGAAAAUGAGCAUCACAAGGAAAUGUAUGUCAAGAAUAUAGUAAUUGAUGGAUUUCCCCAUGGCAUAGUUCAUAUUACUUGCAAUUCUUGGGUUCACUCCAAAUUUGAUAAUCCUGAGAAAAGGAUUUUUUUCACCAACAAGGUUUGCAAAAAAUUCCGCCUUCAUUUAUGCUUUAUUUAUUUUACCCAAAAUAAUUACUACAGUCAAACAUCUUUAUAA